UAAGACAUGGCUCGACAGAUGUCUAUAUCGAUAGCAAAUUAGCGCAGUGGCUGGUUUUGGGCAUUUCUGCCUGCCCGCCAGCCCUAUGCCAAUUUUGAUGCUAACAUGGCGGGACCAUGUGGUCUCGAUAUCAGUUGACCAUGCUGAGGUUGCUAUCCCCCGCCAAAUGGGUCUGCCGCCGACCGGUCGUGCGCCAUGAGACCUCCCACAGUAACGACGCCAACCCACAUGGACUGUUAUGUGCCACCGUCGCACUGUAACGUGCUAUGAGGAUUAUCCCUCAUCGUGUCUGUCCGCGGUAGGACGGUCAAGCCUGUGUCGUGCAGUAGGCCGAGCAGACUUCCAUCUGGUCUUCGGGUCACGAUAUCAGUACCCGCCUGCGGCGCGCGGUGUUGCGCGUUUGCUCGUUUCCGGAGAAGCGUAUGUCAGCUCGAAUCGGGCAACUGUCCAUAUGGAUCGCAUUUGGCCCCGCCGAGUUCGCGUGUGCACGAUAUCACACCUGCGAAUCCGCCGUCAGCUCUUCUCGUUUUGGUGUUAUCAUUGGUCCAUUCGGGUUCUCUCGCAUAUUCCGCGAGCCUCCGGACGGACGCCGGUACACUCUUGCAGGCAGAGUACAAAAGGCCAAUGGCUGCGUUCCUCGAAACUAGUCGAGCCUCCCGCCAGAAGUGGCCUCCUCCAGCAGUCUCGUCGUCGCCGACAUUCCCACAUAUUCCUCUCGGAUAUCAUGGCUCUGUCGGUCACCUUGAAGCGUGUACUCUUCCUCGCCGUGGCCACGCUUGUCGCUGUCGUCGCUGUCGACGCGACGCAGGUCAUGCAGCGCCCGGCGACCUAUAAGAACACGCCCCACAAGGUCCAGACGAACGCUACCGCGGAACCGAAGGUCGUUCAUAAGCGUGCGAACACACAUGUCCAGGCUGCUUACUUCACUAACUGGGGCAUCUAUGGCGCCAACUUCCAACCAACGGAUAUUGUUCCCGCGCCGUUGACGCACAUUCUCUACGCCUUCGCCGAUGUUUCCUCGGAUACUGGUGCAAUCUCUCUCACCGACUCCUAUGCCGAUGAGCAGAAACACUUCCCUGGAGAUUCCUGGGAUGAGACCGGUAACAACCUCUACGGCUGCCUAAAGCAGCUCUACCUCCUCAAGCUCGCCCAAAGGAACCUCAAGGUUCUCCUCUCUAUCGGAGGCUGGACGUACUCCCAGUCAGGCCAUUUCAAUUUCGUAACCGAUUCCUCGAAGCGUGCCACAUUUGUCUCGGACGCAGUUCAAUUGAUUGAAGAUUACGGCUUCGACGGUAUCGAUAUCGACUUCGAGUACCCCAACUCGGAUGCGCUCGCUUCGGGCUUCACUUCUUUGCUUUCGGAGCUCCGCACGGCAUUCAACAACCUUCAGACCCAGAAGGGGGAUGCGACUCCCUACGAGCUCACUGCUGCCGUCGCUGCCGGCUCCGACAACUAUGCAUUCUACCAAGUCAAGCAAAUGGACGCUUCGCUCACUUUCUGGAACUUGAUGGCUUACGACUACGCCGGCUCCUGGUUGACUUUCGCUGACAAUCAGGCUAAUGUGUACGGUGGCACUCGCACCAACGUCUCCACUGACAAGGCCGUCACGUUCUACCUCGCCAACGGCGCGACCGCUGGCAAGAUCAACGUCGGCAUCCCGCUCUACGGUCGCGCUUUUGAGAACACCACCGGCCUCGGGGCCCCCUACAAUGGCGUCGGCCCCGGCACUAUUCAGGCUGGCAUCUACUCGUACAACGUUCUUCCGCUGUCGGGUGCUACUGUCUUCGAGAACACGACCGAUAUCACUAGCUACUCGUAUGACGCGUCGAAGGGCGAGCUCGUCUCGUAUGACACGCCCCACAUCGCUACCCUCAAGGCUCAGUACGUCCAGUCUAAGGGUCUCGCCGGCUCCAUGUUCUGGGACCUCUCCACCGACAAGACGGGCUCAGAUUCGCUCGUCGGAACGACGGCAGGCGUGUACGGCAGCCUCGACCAGACCCAGAACCACAUCGACUACCCGAACAGCAAGUGGGACAACAUCCGCAACAACAUGGGCCAGGGCGGCUCCGGCUCCUCCUCGAGCACCAGCGCCCCUUCGUCUCCCACUAGCACCCCGGUUACCCCGACUAGCACCUCCACCAGUGCUAGCACCUCUCCUACGAGCGGUUCCGGUCUCUGCGCAGGCGUUUCCGCAUGGAGUUCCUCUGCUGUCUACACUGGCGGGCAGUCGGCAACGUACAACGGUGACCUCUGGACUGCCUCGUGGUGGACCGAGGGCGAUACUCCUGGCGGUGCUGCUGGUGUCUGGGUCGACAAGGGCAAGUGCUAAGCACGCCCCAAUACUGUAUUUUUAUUCAUCUCUUGGGACGUCGCGGUUUCUUGGCAUCAUAGGUGGACCUCAUCCAAUCAUCACGCAGGCAUAUGUAUAUAAUGCUCACGAUAUCAAAUCAAG